AUGCAAUCUAUGAACGUACAACCGAGGGUGCUAGCUGUGGGAGGCGAGCAGUUCUUUUCUCAAAGGCAAAUCUCAGAACAACAGCAGCAGCAGCAGCAGAACAUGGGACCGCAGGUAUAUUCGCCCCAGGUCAACAGAGCAAGAAUGUUUCCUCAAGGGAUGCCAGUAAAUACAAUGAAUGGCUCCGUGAGUCAGGACAUUAAUAAUGCCUACCUUUUGAAGCAGAAGGACGAUCCGCUGUUAACCCAACAGCAACAUCAGCAGCAGCAGCAGCAGCAACAACAACAUCAACAGCAGCAGCAACAGCAACAGCAGCAGCCAUUUGCCAUCGGGACGCCCGUAUCAGUCGCUAGCUUGCCGCCCGGCCUGAACGUCCUGCAACAACAACAUCAGCAACAUCAGCAGCAACAGGGAAUGGGACUCAACCGUCCCUUGGCGUCUCAGUUGCCGAAGCAUUUAAACAACCAAAGUAUGCCGCCAAUAUUUUUACCACCCCCAAAUUACUUGUUUGUUCGUGACGUCUGGAAGUCCAACCUCUACAGUGAAUUCGCCAUUAUAAGACAACUGAUCUCCCAGUAUAAUCACGUAUCAAUCAGCACUGAAUUUGUAGGCACUUUGGCGAGGCCCAUCGGCACUUUCAGGUCGAAGGUUGACUACCACUACCAGACGAUGAGGGCUAACGUAGACUUCCUAAACCCAAUACAACUCGGUCUUUCUUUAAGUGACGCCAACGGUAACAAGCCCGACAAUGGCCCAUCGACAUGGCAAUUUAAUUUUGCAUUUGAUCCAAAGAAGGAAAUCAUGUCUACAGAAUCUUUAGACUUACUCAGGAAAUCAGGCAUCAAUUUUGAGAAACACGAAAAUUCGGGGAUUGACAUAUUUGAGUUUUCACAACUGCUAAUGGACUCUGGCUUGAUGAUGGACGACUCUGUCACUUGGAUCACAUACCAUGCGGCAUAUGACCUGGGUUUCUUGAUCAACAUCCUGAUGAACGAUGCCAUGCCUAACAACAAAGAGGACUUCGAGUGGUGGGUCCACCAGUACAUGCCCAACUUUUACGACUUGAACCUGGUGUAUAAAAUAAUUCAAGAAUUCAAAAAUCCUCAGUUGCAGCAAUCUUCACAACAGCAGCAGCAGCAGCAGUAUUCGUUAACUACAUUGGCCGAUGAACUAGGUUUGCCAAGAUUUUCCAUUUUCACCACCACAGGCGGUCAGAGUUUGUUGAUGCUUUUGUCCUUCUGCCAAUUGAGCAAACUGUCCAUGCAUAAGUUCCCAAACGGUACGGAUUUCGCCAAGUAUCAAGGUGUCAUAUAUGGUAUUGACGGGGACCAAUGA